AUGUCUGCAAUAUUCAAACAGUUUCAAUUAGACACCGAGCUUCGUCAUGUUUCCCUUCAUUUUUUAUUAUUUUUCAUAGUCACUGUUAUCUCAAGUCUAGCGGUUAAUUUUUGGAUUGGAUUGAUAUUUGUGCUAAUUUCGGGACCGAUUAGUUGGAAGGUUGGAAAGUUUCAAAAUUGGAAAUAUCAAUGCACAACACAGGCGGCGGUUUUGGGAGCGGUUAGUUUUUCAAAAUUUGAUGUGUUCUUCUGAAAGAAGCUUUGUGCAGCUUAUUUUCGCGAAACAAUUUUGAAAAAAAACCCUUUGUGAGAAAAACCGAAAAAAAUACGUUUCAAUAAUUUCAUAUUGUUUUGGAUCUUUUGAAAUCGUCGGUAGAGGCGAUAUCUAUCAUAUAGAAAUGAAAAAUAUUGAAAAAUCGGUCUGACUCAAAAAUUCCCACUGUUAACCUUUUUUUCGAAUGGGCUGUGGUUAUUUUCGCAAUAAAUUUUGAAAAAAAACCUUUGCGAGAAAAACCGAAAAAAAAUACGUUUCAAAAAUUCUAUAAUUUUUUGGAUCUUUUGAAAUCGUCUAUACAUCUGUGUUGAGAAAGUAAAAAAAUAUUGAAAAUUCCUCAAAAAAUCCAAUCAUUUCAGACAAGUGGUUUCUCUUUAAUUUAUUCAAUCAUCAAUUUCAACGACAAAUCAUCAUUCAUUGUUCGCUACUUCUUCCUCUUAUCGAUUUUUCAUUUCACCGAAUACAUUUUCACCGCUUUGUCAAAUCGCCGUUCUCUUCAAGCCGAUUCAUUUUUGUUGAAUCAUUCGGUUUCCUAUUGGAUUGCUGCAAUCGCAAGUUGGAUUGAAUUUGGUGUUGAGGUGAGGUUCUUUGAUCAUAAAUACUAUAUAUAGUUUUCAAUAAUAAAAUUAUUUUUUUUAGGUAUUCCUGAUCCCUGAAAUGAAACUUCAAUCGAUCAGUUUAUUGGGUGUUGGCCUGUGUAUUUUUGGUGAUAUUUUCCGUAAAACAGCAAUGUUGACAGCUGGAAGUGGAUUUACGCAUAGAUUGGCACAAACUAAACGAUACGAUCAUAAAUUGAUGACUGAGGGAAUUUAUUCGUAUGUUAGACAUCCUGCGUAUUGCGGUUGGUUUUUGGGGAUUUUUGAGCUUUGGGAUCACGAGGAAAGUGUGUUUUAAGAGAAAAAUAUCCUAUUUUUGCUGAGUGAUUCUCUGAAAAGCCCAAAAAUCAGCCAAAAAUUGAGAAUUUUGGAAAAUUCGUGAUUUUGAGAGCCCGUAAUUCAUGUUGUUCAGGAAGAUCGAUUUACCAAAGUUACAAAUUUUUAGUUUGUAUCCAUACUUUUUCAGAAAAAAAUUUGUGGCUCAGAAAAUAGGUUGAAACUUGGUAACUCAACCCUUCUGAACACCACCCUGUACUCUAUUUUUGAUAAAAAUUUUCUCUAACAUGAGUAACGGGCUCGCAAAACACCGAAUUUUCAAAAAUUCUCAACUUUCGGCUUAUUUUUGUGCUCUUCGGAGAGUUGCUCAACAAAAAAUGCAAACGUGAUCUUUCUCAGCGUGAAAAACUGCUAGCUAAUCGAAAAAAAAAUCGAAAAAUUCUGAAUUUAUGUUCUCAAAAAUUUUUCAAACGAGACAUUCCCUAUUUUCUAGGCUGGUUCAUUUGGGCUGUCUCCACCCAAAUUGUAAUGUGCAAUCCAAUUUGUUGUAUAGCCUACGGUUAUGUCACGUGGCACUUUUUCUCGCAGCGAAUUUACGAUGAAGAACGCGAUUUGUUUGCGUUUUUCGGGGAGGCCUACUUGGUAGGUUUUGUAAUUUCAGCUUCUGCUUCAAUUUUUUUGGAUUUUAGGAGUACAAGCAAAAUGUGCCUUCUGGUGUUCCAUUUGUUUCCGGAUAUGACAGACCUUAA